AUGUUGGUUGAUGCAAGCUGCUCCUAUGACGUAUCAAAACGACAGACGCCGGAAAUGGUUGAGAAGGGCAAGCCAAUCGGAGUGAAUCUGGCUGGCAAGCUGCUGAAUGAACCUGGAAUGCCGCCAAGAGAAUGCAUAGUUGUCCGAGUACAACAGGAGGAGAAGGUCGGCCAUGCUAGAGCAGUGCUGGUGGAAACGCUCCGCUGCCGCGCCGAAGCCAUCACCACCCACCUGGGCUCAGAGCAGCCCAAGACCCUUUUGGCGCUUGGCCGGCUCGCGGAGGUGCUGCUGCACCGUGGCGCCCUGGCCGAGGCGGAGACGCUGUGGCGGCGGAUCCUGGCAGCGUACGAAGCGCAGUUUGGUCUCGAGGAUCCGAAGACGCUCAGUUCGCUCCACAAUGUGGCGCAUGUCUUGAAGGAACGAGGCCAGUGGAGGGAAGCGACAGAGAUGUACCGCCGGGCGGUGGAGGCGAAGGAACGUUGCCGGGGAGAUGCGCAUUUGGAGACGCUGGUAUCUGUGGGGAACUUGGCGGUUGUGCUGAUGCGUCAAGGCCAAUUGGCCGAGGCGGAGGCACUGCAGCGCCGCGUCCUGGCGGGCCGCGAGGAUCAGCUGGGGUCGAAGCAUCGAAAGACCUUAGAGUCAUUGAACAACCUGGCGCUCGUGCUGAAGAGCCAGGGCAAGUUGGAUGAAGCGGAGCCUUUGGCCCGGAGAUGCAUGGAAGGAAGCGAGGCUCUUCUUGGAGCAGCACAUCCGGAGACCUUAAUUUCCGUGAACACCCUGGCGACGCUUCUUGAAGCCCAAGGCAAGAUCAAUGAAGCCGAAGAGCUGUUCCGAAGAGCUUUGGCCGGAAGCGAAGCGCAUCUCGGGCGCUCACACCCAGACACCCUGACCUGGGUCUACAAUUUGGCGGGUGUCCUGAUGAAGCGGCAGAACUUCGCCGACGCCGAGCCCUUGAUGCGGAGAGCCGUGGCGGGUUUCGAGUCGCACCUCGGAGCCGGGCAUCCGAGCACGUUGAGCAGCGUCCGUUGCCUGGCCAAGCUCUUGGAGGCGACCGGCUCCAUCGCCGAGGAGCUCCACGGCCCUGAGGAUCUGAAGGCGCUCAGAUCGAUGAGCAACGUGGCACGUGUGCUGAUUGAGCGGGAGAAGUUCGCUGACGCAGAGCUAUUGAUGAGGAGAGCCCUGGCGGGAUUCGAAGCUCAACUCGGAGCCAAUCGUGCAGACACACUGAACAGCGUCUAUUGCCUGGCCCUGCUCUUGGAGGCAACCGGUGCCACCGCCGAGGCUGAAGAGCUUUUCAUCAGAGAGUUGAAUGCCAUGGAGGAGCUUCACGGCCCAGACAAUGAGGAGACCCGAGGCAGUCGCAGAAACCUGGAGCGCUUCCGGCGCAAGCACGGGCGAUCAGCAGGCUGA